CCGUCCCUCUGGCCGUCGACUGCCUCUCGCCUUAACUUCUUCUUUGGUUCGUGAUAGAACCGGUGAGCAAUCGUCCUCGCUAAUUCGUAUGACGGGGCAAUAGGCCUGUGGACUACCUUCCCAAGUUCUGAUGCCAUCCUUCUUGUUUAGUUUCUUAACCCUCCCUUUCUUGAUCCUGUGAUUUGAUGUUUUCUUUCUUGACUUAUCCACAUUCUGAGCUUCGAUUGAAGAUUCGAUUGUGUUGGGAGCGAGCAAUGCAAUGGCGUUGGUUUCUUUGCUUCCUGGUCCAUGACAUAAUCGAUGUGUGAACUCAAUAUCCGCUACUUAACACAUAAUCUUGAGUCCUUGGUGUCAGCUUCAGUAGAUAAAUUUCACUGAGACGAUACUUUGCAACUCUGGUAUUCUUUGUAAUAAUUUAUCAUCAAGGUUGUUCAGAACCCUUAUGCAUCUGACUGGCUGAGUGAAUGUGAUGGAUGGAAAUGAUGUUGCUACUGAUUAUAUGGUAGCCAAACUAAUUGAUAUGGGUUUUGAAUUUGCUAAAGCUACAGAGGCAAUAGAAGUUGUUGGCCCAUCACUUGAUGAUGCAGUAGAAUUCAUCUUGAAUGGCUCUUGUAAGAGCAAUAAUAAUGGACGGGCAUAUCACUUUUUAAGUUGUUCGACCAGUCAAAGUUUUGAUGAAGAAUAUGGACCAUCACAUGCUCCGAAAAGGAUGAAGCAGUCAAAUAUAACAGAUCAUCUUCCGCCAUUGUGUGGAACAGAUAAAAAUGCUCCUCACAAUGCUUCUGGAGUUUCCUUUUCUGGAACUGGUGGCACAGGGAGAUCAAAGUGCAGAAAAUUAGAUCAGCAGACAAUUUCUAAUGUUUGUGCGGCUUCUGAACUGUAUUCCGCUUCAGAAUCUGCUCAGCAGGUUCCUGAAAAUGAUGUGAAUGACACAGAGUUGGUGUCACAUGGAAAUAGAAGGUCACAGUCACGUAGCUUGUUCAAUCAAGAAGUUGAAUUAGACUGGGAGCAAAAAAUUGGCGAUAUUUUGAAAAAACAUUUUGGAUUCUUCUCCUUAAAGGGUUUUCAAAAGAAAGCUUUGGAGGCUUGGUUAGCUAAUAGGGAUUGUCUUGUUCUUGCUGCCACAGGAUCUGGAAAAUCUCUCUGCUUUCAAAUUCCAGCAUUGUUGACAAGCAAGAUCGUGAUUGUCAUAUCACCAUUAAUAAGUCUGAUGCAUGAUCAAUGUUUAAAACUGGCAAAACAUGGGGUAUCUGCAUGCUUCCUUGGGUCUGGACAACCUGACAGUACUGUUGAGUACAAAGCCAUGUGUGGUAUGUACAAGAUAGUUUAUGUUUGCCCUGAGACAAUAUUAAGACUUAUAGAACCACUUAGGAGGCUUGCAGUAAAUCCAGGGAUUGCAUUGUUUGCCAUUGAUGAAGUUCAUUGUGUUUCUAAGUGGGGCCAUGAUUUUCGACCUGAUUACAGGCGAUUGCGAAUGUUGAGAGAGAACUUCAAUUCCUGCAAUCUUAAGUCACAACAGUUUGAUAUUCCCUUGAUGGCGUUGACUGCUACUGCAACAAUUCCUGUUCGAAAAGACAUUAUCGAGUCCUUACAUAUGUCAAAGGAAACAGAGAUCAUACUGACUUCUUUUUUCAGACCAAAUCUUCGAUUCUCAGUUAAACAUAGUAGGACAUCUUCAGUGUCAUCAUAUGCUAAGGAUUUCAAGGAUCUUAUAAGGAAUUACAUGGUGCCAAAAAUGACAAGCAGAAAAGGACAUAAAAAUAUCUCAUAUGAAGAAAACGAUAAUUCUGAGAACUAUUCUUCAGGCUAUGACAUGUCUGCGGAAGACGAAAGUUCACUGCUUGACAGUGAAGAAGAUGAGGAUGAUAAUAUAUGUGACAAUUAUAAGGUUAAUUUAACUGAAGAUUCUUCUUCUUUGAAGGAAAAUCAACUGACUGUCGAGUACCUGGAAGAUGAUCUGGACAUUCCUUAUGUUGUGGAUGAUUUGGAUGUUUCUUGUGGUGAGUUCCCUGGUACUUCUGCAGCUGAGAAUUUGAAGACACCUGGCACAUCUGAAUUAUAUGAUAUACAAGGAUCUUUAGAAGAAGGUCCAACAAUUAUCUAUGUUCCUACCAGAAAAGAAACUUUAAAAAUAGCUGAGUACCUUUGUAAGUCUGGUGUCAGGGCUGCAGCAUAUCAUGCAAAGCUUGCAAAAACCCACCUGAGGCAUGUCCAUGAUGAGUUCCAUCAAGGUUCUCUACAGGUUGUGGUGGCAACAAUUGCUUUUGGAAUGGGUAUUGACAAGUCAAAUGUUCGAAGAAUCAUUCAUUAUGGUUGGCCACAGAGUUUGGAAGCAUAUUAUCAAGAAGCUGGUCGAGCUGGUAGGGAUGGAAAGCUUGCAGAUUGUACGUUAUAUGCUAAUUUAUCAAGAAUACCAACACUUCUUCCUAGUCAAAGAAGUGAUGAACAGACAAAACAAGCAUAUAAAAUGCUGUCUGAUUGUUUCCGGUAUGCUAUGAACACAACAACUUGCCGAGCCAAAAAAUUAGUGGGGUACUUUGGGGAAGAAUUCUGUCAUGACGGGUGUCAUUUAUGUGAUAUAUGUGUUGCUGGACCUCCAAAGACUCAGAAUAUGAAGGCUGAGGCAGUUAUUUUUCUGGGAGUGCUGAAAGCUGAAAGUGGGCAUACUAGUGAUGGAUAUGUAUAUGAUACUGGCAACAAGAUGCUUAAAGGGAGGUCAAACCUCAGGGUGGUGAUCAGCCGAAUAAGGGAACAGUCUCAUAAAUUUGCUACCGUCGACCGGCUAUGGUGGCAAGGUCUUGCACGCAUAUUGGAGAACAUGGGGUACAUCAGAGAACGAGAUGAUAUGGUCCAUGUAUCGAUACGAUUUCCUGAGCUAACAGAAUUGGGCUUAAGAUUUCUCCACUCUGAAUCAGAAAAGGAUUUUUUCGCGCAUCCAGAAGCAGAUAUGCUACUCGCAACCAAAGAGGACCAGCCAUAUUCUACUUUCUCCGAGUGGGGCCGAGGUUGGGCUGACCCCGAGAUUCGCCGUCAGCGUCUCCAAGGCAAAAGACAUCGGAGGAGAAAAGGAAGAAAACGCUCUCAGAAGUACAACGCACAUAAUCCCAGCACAGUCAGAGGAAGGUUGGCUGCAAAGCUUUCAAUACGAACAAAACAUUGACUCCGUUGGAGAAGAAUCGAUGAGGUUUAGGAAACGCUUUAUUUUCUGCACAACUAUGCCCAAAGUUCCCCGAACGUAGAGGAUGGUAUAUGCAAGGCUUCCAGCUCCGUAUCAUCCAUGGCACAGUUGGUGGAGAGUGAGGUCUUGUUCUUCGCAUGCCUUUUUUACUUUCGUUGCCAGAAUUAAAGGCAUCAUUUUUCUUCUUUUUUCCUGUCAAAUUUUUAGCCACUGUUGACUGUUCAUUGAAUUUUACCCCUUCAUGUUCAGGAGAACCUUAUUGUUGGUGCAGAGGGGGUUUUGAUA